CUACAGGUUGAACCAGGCCCUUGAAUGCAUCUUGGGAACCAAAAUGAAAAGUGCAACAACUCUGUGCCUCAUAAACCAUGAAAAAAUAUAACAGGUACUCAAGGGAAGCACAGUAUUUCCUGGCAAAAUGUUGGAGUCGGAGUAGUUUCCUGUAAAGUUGGAUGGGAAAAGAGGACGCAGUGAAGCAUGUCUUCAUCAGGUUUGGAGCAAAUGCCGCAGGAACCUUUCUUACAUGUCUCAGGGAAAGUGGAAAAAAUAAAUUGACGAAUGGGGAGCUGAAAUAAUCUUACCUCAGUAUGUUUUUUUGGGAGGAGGCUAACUGGAAUAUUAAGAAGCAUGGAAUUGGAAUGCACAUUCUUCUGGUCUUCUGCCCCCUUGGAACGUCUGAUUUGAGCAAAGCAGCUUCCCACGGGAUCUUCUUGAUUACAAAAUGGUUGCUCUUGAACUUCUGGCCUCAAGUGAUCCUACUGCCUUGGCCUGUUAAAGCACUGGGAUUACAGAUUGCUUCCAAGUAUGAUCAUCAGGCAGAAGAAGAUCUUCGCAAUUGGAUAGAAGAGGUGACAGGCAUGAGCAUUGGCACCAACUUCCAGCUGGGCUUAAAGGAUGGCAUCAUCCUCUGCGAACUUAUAAACAAGCUACAGCCAGGCUCAGUGAAGAAGGUCAACGAGUCCUCACUGAACUGGCCUCAGUUGGAGAAUAUUGGCAACUUUAUUAAAGCUAUUCAGGCUUAUGGUAUGAAGCCACAUGACAUAUUCGAAGCAAAUGAUCUUUUUGAGAAUGGAAACAUGACCCAGGUUCAGACUACUCUGGUGGCUCUAGCAGGUCUGGCUAAAACAAAAGGAUUCCAUACAACCAUUGACAUUGGAGUUAAGUAUGCAGAAAAACAAACAAGACGUUUUGAUGAAGGAAAAUUAAAAGCUGGCCAAAGUGUAAUUGGUCUGCAGAUGGGAACCAACAAAUGUGCCAGCCAGGCAGGUAUGACAGCUUACGGGACUAGGAGGCAUCUUUAUGAUCCCAAAAUGCAAACUGACAAACCUUUUGACCAGACCACAAUUAGUCUGCAGAUGGGCACUAAUAAAGGAGCCAGCCAGGCAGGGAUGUUAGCACCAGGUACCAGAAGAGACAUCUAUGAUCAGAAGCUAACAUUACAGCCGGUGGACAACUCGACAAUUUCCCUACAGAUGGGUACCAACAAAGUUGCUUCCCAGAAAGGAAUGAGUGUGUAUGGGCUUGGGCGGCAAGUAUAUGAUCCCAAAUACUGUGCUGCUCCUACAGAACCUGUCAUUCACAACGGAAGCCAAGGAACAGGAACAAAUGGUUCGGAAAUCAGUGAUAGUGAUUAUCAGGCAGAAUACCCUGAUGAGUAUCAUGGCGAGUACCAGGAUGACUACCCCAGAGAUUACCAAUAUAGCGACCAAGGCAUUGAUUAUUAGAUCCACACAGAAGGAGCUCAGUAUUUAGUCCUUUGUUUUUAUUCAGUGAGAACCAAGCUAGCCUUGAGUAAUUUUUAUCUUGUCUUCCUAAAACACUAUUAAGCUUAUUGUACUUUUAAGAAAAAUUGCCUUACGUACAUUCCUUUUUCCUUUUUCUGCCUCUUCCCUCAAUAGUUGCCUUUUAGUGCUGUAAUAGUUAAAUCCUACAGCAUAAUCAAUAACUCGCAUAUGAAGUAAAAAGGAAUACUGUGAAAGGGGAGUACUCUUGUACAGCCAGUUCUUUUAUGCAAAAAUCUAUGCAUUUUUACAAUCUUAUAUUAAACUGGUAUUUUCAAACAAUAGGAAACUUUUUUUUUUUUUUUUUUUACAGUUUAGUAUAUCUGGUUUCUACAUGGAAGACUAAACUCAUGCUUAUUGCUAAAUGUGGUCUUUGCCAACUAAAUUUAAGAUGCAGCAUUUUAGAAAUUUACAUAUCAAUGUUUCUACAGUAUUGUUUGCUAAUUUUUAAAUAAAGUCAUGAUCAGUGUGCAUUUGUGAUUAUAUGUGUACUCAUUCUCUUACCUAGCGAACAAGAUCUUUUCAGAGUGGUGUUUCUAAAGGAGCAUGUACAAAAGUGGCCUGUGGACAUUUAGGCCUAGGUGAUGCAUUUGCUCUUCCUGUUUGUGCCAAUGUAUCAAUGUAGAGUUGCUCUGUUUUCUUCAACUGUAUUUAUUGCUGCAUUUCUCAGCAUAAACUUAUCCCAUUGUAUUUUUUAUAAAUAAAUAUUUUUUUUGAACUUUCA